UUGACUUAGACUUGAGAUAAAUGACUUGACUUUUUAUUUUUUUUCAUAGAUAUUAAGGAGUUAACUUUACGAUUUUAGAAAAUCUGCUUAGGUGCUGUUGCAUGCCUCACGCGAGUGAACCUGUCAUUGUACCAAGCGACGCGACAGACCAACAGCAAGUGCCAGAUCAAAUGAGACAGACUGAGGUAGGCUAACUUGCAAAUAUGGAAGGAUCUACGUUUAUACCAAAACAUAAUAAUGUUUGGCUUCACAGAUGAUGUAUCUGACAAGUCAAAGGAGAAAUGAACAGCAGUCUGCAAGUAUGCAAAAUAGCGACAUAACCACCACCACGUUGAUUUUCAUCCUAAGUUAACCUAGUCGUGUUAGAAACCUAACGUCAAAUUUGAGGCAUGUUAAGAGUUGGCUUUAAAUCUAUUAUGCUUUUUAGUUAAAGCCAUAUUAGGUUAAAAUGUGUGAAAUGGCAACGUGAAACAUUUUCUUGUCUAAGUUUAAUCUUGAUAUAUACCGAAAAUGUUGCCAAUGUAACCUAAGCGCCUCUCUUUCUCCCUCCCUCUUAAACACGUCCCUGUUCCAUAGGUUACAACCUAGUAGUAGGCUAACAACAGUAAGUAGGCCUAGCUAACUGCCAGCAAUCAGCAUAGAAAAGUAGCUUAUUUCACAUGUUAGGCUUAUGUAUAAUAUGAUAGCAUUAACGGUCCUAAACCCUCCUAAAACCCAUUGUGCAGUCGCGCUUGUCAAAGUUUGUUAGUGACGUCGGCGGCAGCGUUUGAUUGAUUGAUUAGUCACUUUUUCACUUUUUCAACUUUGACUGUCACAAAAAAUGACUUGGACUUGCUUGAGACUUGAAGGUUAAGACUUGAGACUUGCUUGUGACUUGCACAUGUGUGACUUACUCCCACCUCUGUGACACACACACACACACACACACUGAAAACCCUGUAUCUAUCUCUCUAUCUCUCACACACGCGCACACACACUGUGCUGAUGCAGCCUGGGGAGUUGCACUUUGACCACAGAUCUCAUACACAAAUCACAGUCUCAGCAGCAGAACGGGAUCGGAGGUCAGCUACAGAAAAAGGUCAUCUACAGACCAAGAUCAUCUACAGACUAAGGUGCAGAAUGGACCUGCAGGAGUACUUCCAGAGGAUCGGCUUCAGCGGUCCGUUUGAGAAGCCGGACCUGGCCACUCUGCAGCUGGUGCACCGUCUGCACGUGCUGAGCAUCCCCUUUGAGAACCUGAGCCUGCACAGCGGCCAGCAGAACAGCAUGGAGCUGCCACUGGUCUUCAACAAGCUGGUGCGUCAGCGGCGUGGGGGCUGGUGCUGCGAGAGCAACCUGCUCUUCUCCUGGGCGCUGGGGCAGAUGGGAUACGCACACACCAUGCUGGGCGCCCGCGUCCACCAACCACAGCAGCAGGACUUCAGCGCCCGCGAGGGACACCUCAUCAACAGGGUGGACGUGGCUGGACGCUCCUACAUCACUGACGUCAGCUUCGGAGUCUCCUGUCAGAUCUGGGAGCCCCUAGAGCUGACGUCGGGGAAGGAGCAGCCCCAGGCAGCCGGAAUGUUCCGCCUAAAGGAGGACCACGCCACAUGGGUCCUGGAGAAAACGUCUCGCACACCGCUGGUCCCCAACGAGGCCUUCGCCACAUCCAGCCUGGUGGACCGCAGCCGGACCAGGGUCAUCUACUGCUUCACCCUGGAGCCCCGACGGCCCGAGGACUUCCACGCCGCCGCCCAAUUCUACCAGACCGCCCCUGACUCACUCUUCACCAACAAAUCAAUCUGCUCCCUGCAGACACCCACCGGCUUCAGGGCUCUGAUUGGCUGGGUUUACAGUGAGGUCACGUUUGGGUACCAGGAAGAGUUUGACCUGAUGGAAAUGCGUAACAUCACGGACGCCGAAGUCCAGGAUGUCCUGAGGGAGAAGUUUGGCAUGCCGCCAGUCCACAACCUCAAACUGAAGAGUGAGAAAGUAUGCUAUUCCCUCUAACAUCUCCCACGGUAACAGGAGAAUGACAUCUACGCUCAGGACAGACGGGUUCACAUUAUGGGUUUAUCUCAUUAAUCUGUCUCAUGAAUAAAUACACCAUGAACUGUCA